UUCAAUAUUCUGCCUCGAAGGUCAGAGCCAACCUAGACUAAAUCAAAUAGGAGUGUUGCUUUUUAGAUUUAACGAUUUUAUUUCAGAUGUCUCCCAUUCCAUCAUUGCACUGGGGCAUGAGAGAGUGGGAUUAGGGGAUAGGCUGUAUUGCGCAUGUUGCUUUAUCAGAGGGGCUUUGAUUGGCCUAUCGGUUGUGACAGUCGGACUGCGCCUGCCUGGAAUACAGGUGUUCUUUGGUCAAAUAUGGACGCAGAGCGUAUCAUGCACAGUGAGCAGAUUGUCAACACUCGCGACUUCAUCAUCUCAGUUAAAUGCACCUCCGACACCUCGGGAAAAUCGGCAUUCGGUGGAAGAUGAGGUUGUAGCCUUGACCAUUACGGUAGUGGGCACGUCUGUGAAUGGGGAUCUCAGCUGCUCUCGGUGGAUUGUAGCAUUUUUCAUUGAUUAUUAAUCUCUGUGCGCCCUCAAUCGAAUGCAGUUCUGACCGUAGGAUGCUUGUUUAGCCUACUAUGGCCGUUUAGAAUUAACACCCGGUGAUUAUUACAUGCUGUUAUCUCAGUGAUCAUUCAUUCAGAAGAUUCCUCCUCAGUAUUAUUCGUAAUAUCUCUCGGAUACCCAGCCUACCAUUCAAUAAAGAUAAGGAAAACGGUGGCGGACCCAAGCACAGUGCAAGCUGCAAGGCUUUAGUAGGCUGAACACUCGCCCAGAGGGGAGCAGUUUAGUCGGGGAUAUCAUGUCACAUUGACGCGGCCGGGAUGUGCUUUGUGCUUGAUUCAAGCUCUGUGUGUGAACAGUUCGUAAAUAUAAAAACCUUUAGAGACUGAAUGAUGGUGCCUGGGGCUCCAACAACCAUGCUUCCCGCUUCCGAGGCUGCCAAAAUCUACCAGACCAACUAUGUGAGGAACUCCCGCGCUAUCGGUGUUCUGUGGGCCAUCUUCACCAUCCUCUUCGCUAUAGUCAACGUGGUGUGCUUUAUCCAGCCCUACUGGAUCGGAGACGGGAUGGACACGCCGCAGUCCGGUUACUUCGGCCUCUUCCACUACUGCAUCGGAAACGGGCUGUCCCGGGACCUGACGUGCCAGGGUAGCUUCAUGGAGUUCAGCACGAUCCCUUCCGGCGCCUUCAAAGCCGCGUCCGUCUUCAUCGGGAUGUCCAUGGCGCUGGUCAUCGGAUGCAUCGGCUGCUUCACGCUCUUCUUCUUCUGCAGCACAGGCACCGUCUACAAGAUCUGCGGCUGGAUACAGCUGGCUGCGGGUACGUGCCUGAUUCUGGGCUGUAUGAUCUACCCAGACGGCUGGGACAGUGACGAGGUGAAGAGGAUGUGUGGGGAGCAGACAGACAAGUACACCCUGGGAGCGUGCUCCGUGCGCUGGGCCUACAUCCUGGCUAUCAUGGGCAUCAUGGACGCCCUGAUACUCUCCUUCCUGGCCUUCGUCCUGGGAAACCGUCAGGAUGGGCUGAUGGCUGAUGAACUGCUGGAUAAGACUGGUAAUUCCAUAUAAAUAGCCAAAUACUGUACAAAGGUGUUGGUGCCCAUCAGAGGGAAAGAUAAUGUAACACAACGUUCCAGCUUUCAUACCUGUCACUCUGGAGGUGGAAAGGAGAGCUACUGCUGUUGGAAAGAACAGAACGAGAAAAGGACGAAUGAAUGAAAGGAGGAGACAUCCACUCCAAGAGAACCCACUUAGUAAAGACCAACCCCUACGGCCCCGUUAUCAUCCAGACAUGACCUUGAGAGCAACAACAGAUGGAAGACUUCAUAUUGUUUUAUGAAAUCCGUUACUGAGUGGACACAGUAGGCCGAUUGCUUAACGGGCGGCAGAUAGCCUAGUGGUUAGAGCAUUGGGUCAGUAACCGAAAGGUCGCUGGUUUGAAUACCUGAGCCGACAAGGUGAAAAAAAGUCUGCCGUUGUGCCCCCUGAGCAAGGCACUUAACCCUGAUUUGCUCCAGAGGCGCUGUACUACUGUGACUGACCCUGUAAAACAACACAUUUCACUGCACCUAUCCAGUGUAUGUGACAAUAAAACAUAUUAGGAAACAUAUGAGAAAAGGUUUGUUUGUGAAAAAGACCUUGAGAUUCUGUCCCACCAUUCAAGGCCCUAGCAUAGAAAAACACAAAUGAACCCAGCGUUUCCCAAACUCAGUCCUGGGGAUCCCAAGGGGUGCACGUUUUGGUUUUUGCCCUAGCAUUUGACCCAACUAAUUAAAAUAAUGAACUAAUCACCAAGCUUUGAAAACU